UUUAGGGCUAUUUCGUUGCUUCUCUAUGUAGGGCAAAACAUAGCCGUAUCCAUUUGUGAUGAGCCGUAUCCUGGCCGUAUCCCGCACCCGUACCCGUGUCGUGUCGUGUCGACACGGGUACCUCUGAAAUUUCAAAGAGUCCGUGUAACAUAGGCGGUGAGGUGAGGGAGGAUCGGCGGUGAGGGAGCAGCGGCGGUGAGGGAGCAGAGAGAGCAACAGCCCCGUCGUGUGUGAGAGAGAGAGAGAGGAAGGAGAAACCCUCAACAAAAGCGGCGGUGAGGGACGAUCGGCGUGAGGGAGGAUCGGCGGUGAGAGAGAGAGGGGGAGACCAAACCCUAAAGAACACAACGGCGAGCGAGAGAGAGAGAGAGAGAGAGAGAGAGGAGCAGUGCCAUGUGAGUGAGAGACUGAUGAGAGCAGCAGUGCAAUAUGUCAAACCCUAAACAAACACACACACACAUUAUAUAUACUAGGGACAUAAUGGUAAUUUUGACGUAGGGGGCUAAAUGGGGCGGGGGCGGGUCUUGGACAUGUAUCCCCGUCCCCGGCCCGGAUGUCAUCGGGAUUAAUUUUUUAAUACCAUCCCCGGUCCAUCAGGGGUAUUUUUCGAGGAAUAACCGUUUAAUUCGGAGUCGGGGGGUCGGGUUUAGAUUGCCAUCCCUAUCCAGGUUACAACCUCAUGGUCAAGGUUCAUGAGCACAGCAGGUUCCCUGAGUACCUAGCCUCAGUCAUGUUGUACCAAGCUGGCCAAAACGAUAUCACCACCGCAGAAGUGUGGCAGGCGGAUUGCCAGCAAUGGAGGGGUAUGCGAAAGGCCUACAGUGCAGUAUGGGACAUGGCUAACCCACCAGCAGGGGCACUUAACUUCAGGGUCCAAGUAAGUGGCAGUGCAGGGUUGAAGAAGGUGCAGCUGACUAGUGUGAUUCCUAGUGAAUGGAAAGCUGGGGCUGUUUAUGACACAACCAUUCAGCUUACUUAAGCCCUAUUAAACUCCUAAUCCCAAUGAAGACAAAUAUAUCUUAAGUAUAUGUAGAGUAGGAGCUGCUUAUUAAUUAUUUCCUAGUAGUUUUGAUUCAGUGAUUAAAGUUAUGUUUGUCUCCGGUGUUAGAGCUAGUGCUCUUCACCUUUCUCAAUAAGGAAUCGGAUUGUGUACUAUGUUUAUUUCACAUGCAAAUAAUGCAGCUAAAAGAGUGUGGACCCAACUAACUCUCAACCCUAUCCAAACUCUUGGUGAUAGUCCGAACACCACGAUUUUAUGGUUAAAAAAUAAGAGUUAACAACCUUUUAAAUAAAAAGUUAGGCCAGCUCACAAUCAAGCUAAUUUGCAAAAGAAACUAAACAAAAUGCCGAUCUUAGUAAAGGGUAUUGAUAUUGCAAGCAAUUUGUCACUCCUAAGUAAUCAUCACGUUAAACAAAUGUGAGAAACAUAAAGUUGCAAUGCAGAAACACUAAAAAAAAAAAGUCACUUACAUCAUAACUGUUCCACAAAAUUCACAUGUACAAAUUCCAAAUCAUGCAAAAUCAGCAAAACAUGAAAAAAGUGCCAUCAUUCCAAACUAUAGA